ACUAGUAGUUCGUACUUUCUAAUCAUCAAUAGCUAUUUCCUCUGUCAUAGAAGAUGAAGCACUCUCUACUUAUCACAAGGAACGUUGUUGGUGUCAUAGGAAAUGUUAUUUCCGUCUUCCUCUUUGCCUCACCAAUGCCGACGUUUAUAGAAAUAUACAAGAAAAAAUCGGUGGAGGAAUAUAAGGGAGACCCAUACUUAGCGACGACAAUGAAUUGCAUGCUGUGGGUGUUUUAUGCAAUGCCAUUUGUCCAUCCAAAAAGCCUUGUUGUUAUUUCAACCAAUGCAAUUGGCUUUGCUUUUCAGAUCUUCUAUCUUCUUAUUUUCAUCAUCUAUGCAGAUAAGCAUGGCCGGUUGAAGGUUCUCCGAUGGAUCGCAGUAGAAAUAGGAUUCAUGGCGAUUGUGGCUACAAUCACAAUGUUAUGUUUCCAUACAACACAAAAGAGGACUUUCUUCGUUGGCAUUCUUUGCGUUAUAUUUUGUCUUGGAAUGUAUGUUUCACCCCUCACCAUUAUGGGCAAAGUGAUUAAGAGCAAGAGUGUGAAAUACAUGCCUUUUUGGCUUUCAGUUGGCAAUUUUGCUAAUGGGGUUAUAUGGACAACUUAUGCUUUUCUUCCCCUUGACCAAUGGAUCCUUAUCCCAAAUGGUGUCGGAGUAAUAUCAGGUGCUGCACAGCUGAUACUCUAUACCUGUUAUUACAAAAAUACUUCAAUGGAAAUAGAAAAUGAGAAGAAGCCAAAUCAAGUUCAAAUGUCUUUUCAUGACAAUUUACCAGCUUAAUUCAUAUACCACGAGUACGGAGUAUUUAAUUUGUUAGAAUCUAAAAAAAUACCAUUUUGAUCGAACUCAUAAAUACUAUUCCCUACGAGAGUAAGUUAUUUUAUGUUUAC